AAUAAGGCUGGGAUUAAAUAAGUUCAAGUGACAUGAAUUGAGAGAUUUAGUUUGAUUCCGAAUUCCAUUCUCACGAUUUAUCGGUGUGAAGUAUUAUAUGAACACAAUACUCUUAAAAUAUAACUGCAUUCCGAUUUCUGAAACUGAUAAGCAAAGAUUAACUAAACAUGAAGGACAAAAAGGGGUCACGAAUUUGGGUAGGCAUUUCCAACCAACCGGACGAGAUUCCAUAUUUGAUCGAGCAAUACAAGAAGGAACAAAGUGGUGAAGAUGGGAAUUUCGACAAUGCUGCUGUCAUUGUGGGAUCGACGUUAUCUUUUGAAGAAUGUGUACAACUUGAGAAUGUGUUUGAUUUCGUUGUAAAAUUGGGAGAUCAAACACCGGAAGAGUUCAAUCUUCUCUUGUGGGAUCAUGUCACUUUGAGGAUGGGAUUCAAAAAGAAUGGCAUAAUUCCCCACCACCAAACUAAUGGUCAUGUCUCCACUUUAAGCGAUAAUAAUGAGCCAAUCGCUAUUGUUGGAGUAUCCUGUCGUCUUCCUGGUGCUAAUGAUACCGCCACAUUUUGGGACAAUCUUCUUCACGCGAAAAACUCACUCGGACCGGCUCAAGAACGUUGGCGCCUGGACCAAGGUUGCUCAAACCUGACACCGGAACACGAGAAAACAGAAGCAGGGUUCCUUUCCUGUCCGGUGGAUACUUUUGAUUCUGAAUUCUGGGGGCUCUCUCCACUUGAGCUGAGCUUUACGGAUCCUCAAGCGAGAAUGUUGCUCCAAUUGAGUUGGGAGGCUUUGGAAGAUGCUGGAAUUCUACCUUCCUCGCUUCACGGUACCACCGCCUCCAUUUACCUGGGCCUUUGGCGGGAUGAGUACAAGGACCUGAUCCUCAUGUCCGGCAGUACUGCAGGGGGUGAAGAGCUUCGUCGAUAUCUGGGUUGCUCCAUGGGAAACGCGGCUGCCAGGAUUGCCCACGCCUUGGGGACGCUGGGACCUGCCUUCGCGACAGAAACGGGUUGUUCAUCGUCAAUGUGUUCGAUCGGCCAGGCCAUGGCUGCUCUGCGGGAGGGGAAAACAAAUUUGGCAUUAGCGGGAGGGGCCAACUUACUACUGAAACCUUUUGUGUAUCCAGAUUUUCAGGGCGUCCUAUCUCCAUCUGGCCGAUGUAAAGUUUUCCAGGCAGACGGGGAUGGUUUUGCUCGUGCUGAGGGUGCAAUUUUUUACGUGCUAAAGCGAGCUAGUGACGCGAUUGCGGAUGGAAAUCAUAUUUAUGGCUUUCUCCGUGGUUUCGGAUCUUCUCAAGAAGGUUUGAGUCGCAGUGUGGGGACACCUACGAUCGAAGGAGAGGCCAGAGCAAUGACCGCUGCCCUAAAAAAUACUGGAGUUCGGGCCACUUCCGUUGACUGGGUGGAGAUGCACGGAACCGGGACAAAGGUCGGCGACCCGAUAGAGAUGGCAUCUACGAGAUCAGCGUAUUCAGCAGGAAGUAGGGACAGCCCACUUAUUUUGACGUCAGUAAAAGCCAACAUUGGUCAUACUGAAAGCGUCUCAGGCGCCGCGGGGUUACUUAAGGUUAUCCUUGCGAUGGAGAAUGGGACGAUUCCCCCACAACUUCUGACCUCUGAUUUGAAUCCCAAACUUGACUUGGAAGGGGUCGAAAUCCCAAAAGAACCGAUGCCAUGGGCUGGGAAGAUGGCAGGGGUUUCGUCCUUUGGCAUUACGGGAACCAAUGCACAUCUUAUCGUGGAGCGGGGAUCAUUAACUUUUGCAGGACAUGACCAUAUCGAUGAAAACCCCUGUCCGGCAUAUAUUUUGCCACUCUCGGCUAAAACUCAGAAAUCACUGGAAGAGAUGAAAAAGCGACAUGUACACGCUCUUCAAAAUUUAGAUGAUUCCUCCCUCGGAUCGUACUGUUACACUGCGUCCAUAUCCCGGACUCACUUCCAGUCUCCUUACCGCUCCGCCGUUGUGGCGUCAUCCAAGGACGAACUAAUUGAUGCACUUCUGUCCAACAAUACAUUCGAAAUUGAACAACCCACCCCGCCCCCGGAAUCUCUUUGUUUCCUCUUUCCAGGCCAAGGCUGCCAGUACACAGGCAUGGGUCGCGGGUUGUACGAAUCCUGUGCCGUGUUCAGACGCCAUUUUGACAUCGUGAAUUCCCUAUUAACUACAAAAUAUGGGAUAAAUUUGAAAACUCUCCUCUUCGAAGGGACCGAAGUUUCCUUGUACUCACAACUCUGCAUCUUCGGGGUGGAAUAUUCCCUCCUGAAAGUCUGGGCUGCAUGGGGUCUGACCCCGUCACUCGUUUUGGGCCAUUCUUUCGGCGAAUUUGCUGCUUCCUGCGCCGCUGGAGCACUCUCCCUACCAACCGCCCUCGAACUACUAAUUGCCAUGAGAACCAAAUUGUUCGGAAGAGUCAACCCAGGGAAAAUGCUCGUCCUUAAGGCCGACAGAGACUCUACGGACAAAUUAAUUACAGACUUUUUAAGCAGUGUGGGCGACUCUAAUAAUAAUAAUUGGCUGGAUAUAGCCGGAAUUAACUCUGCUGAGCAGACCGUUGUGUCUAGCGAACCAGAGACAAUUUGUGCCUUCGCGACAUACGCAACUUCUGUAGGAGUUAAAAACACGGCCGUUUCCGGAGUGAGCCACGCUUUCCAUUCUCGAGCCCUUGAAUCUAUCGGGGAUCAGUUCGAACUGGAAGCGGGAACCUUGUCGUACUCGAAACGAUUUCCUCAAGUGAAAUACAUCUCAUCCGUGGAGGGUCGCCUGCUUGAAAGUGAGGAAAAAAUGGGAGCCAUAUACUGGAGGAAGCACAUGCGACAAGCCGUUGAAUUUGUGAAUGCCUCCAAGGCCGCUGUUGAACACGGUGGUCGAAUGUUUGUCGAGGUGGGACCACACCCGCUACUUUCUCCUUUAGUAAGUAAAAAUGCACCUGCUGUCUCAACCGAUAAACUUGUAUGUAUCCCGUCCAUGCGGAAAGGAGCUCCCGAACUGAUCACUUUACUAGAAGCUGUUGCCUCCCUUUACGUAAAUGGAGUCGAUUUUCAGUGGGAAAAGGUGUGGUGUAGUUUAGGAAAUUUCACCAAACUGCAUAAAAUCCUUCCCAUAUAUCCAUUCGAGUGCAGGGAAGCAUUUUGGUUCACUUCGGAAGAAGAAGAAAGUAGUAAAAAGUUAAUCAAAAUGCCAAAUCAUCAAUUCGGAAACGUUAUCCAUCCCUUGUUAGGCAGCGUGAUUGAGACUCCGCUGCCUGAUGCCCACCUUUUCGUCACCACUACAAAAGGACUCCUGCAGAGAGCUGGGGUUUGGUUGCAAGAUCACAAGCUUGGAAAUUUUGUCAUUUUCCCGGCUGCGGGUUACGUAGAAAUGACCUUUGCCGCAGUGGCACACGUUCACCCAUCCGUAAAAGUGGAAGGCCUGGAAAUUUUAAAUUUAGAAAUAAAGGCUGCCCUUCCUCUCGAACUUGAGGCCGAGAUUCAAACGGUUUUACAAGAAUUGGAUUCAGAGCUUAUCGUGUCGUUCUUCAGCAGGAAGGAGGACGGUCCGUGGAAACUGCACGCCAAAGCAAACAUUGAAUUUUGUAGUGAGGACGACCGAAAAGAAAUAAUUGUGGACCUUAGGGAGGAAAAUGAUGGCGAACUUGUAACAAAUCUAUACCACGACAUGGCGCGAUUGGGGUACAAUUUCGGCAAAUCCUUCCAAACUUUGGACAAACUUAUGCGAAGCAAAGAUUCCUCGGUAGCCUGCGAGUUAUCCAAUUACCCCGCUGACAAUUGCUCCUACUUCCUCCAUCCGACAAUUAUUGAUGCUCUAAUUCAAGCUCUCUUACUGACAGAGCCACUCAUUUCCCUGAAGCUGCCUACAAGGAUAGCAUCAUUGAAAUUAUUUCCACUUGUGCAUAAUGAUCAAGCACUACGGGUAGAGACGAAAACUGGGUGUGCCAGGCUAUUGGCAGGCACAGAAGAAUUUGGGUGGAGUGAACUUGCCUCCAUUUCAACUCUCGCAACCGUGUCGACAACGCUGUCCAUAUUUCAACAAGCCGCUGGGCUCGUCUCAAAACCAAAACUGCUGCCCCUUUACGUUGAAGAAUGGAGCGAAACGGAAUCAAUUUUGGAAUCCAAUUUAAAUAAUAAUAUUUCCAGCAAUGAAUCGAAAUUGGCAUCCCUUGUCACCAACAACGUGUUGCCAUUCUCUCUCACCAAGGAUGAAGCUGAUUCCCUUGAUAUGGUCGAAGCCUACGUUUGCCGUGGCGUCGUAUGUGCCCUUCGACAACUUGGGUGGAACUAUGCAGUUGGGAGUACUUUCGCAGAGAAGGAUCUCUACAAAACGCUUCAAAUUCGGGCAGCAAUCUCGCCUCAAUUUCUCCACAGACUGCUCCAUUAUGCAAAACAAGCUGGAUUUUUGAAAUUCCUUUCAGAAUCACAAAGUUGGCAAGUAGCCUGCGAUUUUACGGAGUGUGAAAAUAGUGACACUAAUCUUGUUGCUUACAUAAAUACGUUACCUGAGGAAUGGUCUUUUGCCAAAUUCUACUCUGCCAAACUACCCAAUCUUUUGUCCUCAUUAGCAAAGGAAUCUGUCCUUCCUCAUCUCUUUCCUGCAAACGCGUUGCAGGCGCCAUAUUCUGCAACACAACUUUACUCAACAUUUACACAGUCAACCGGGCUACUGGCCAAUCUUACCUCAGUAUUUAAAACAUUCGCCCACACCUACAAAGGCCGACAGCUCCGAAUUCUUGAGGUUGGCGCAGGGACGGGAUGUGCUACGAGACGGCUCCUCCAAAUUCUUAACGGUUCCUCAACGUCGUACACAUUUUCUGACAUAUCGCCCGCUUUCCUCACCAUGGCUGAGGCUUGCUACCAUGGAAACCAAUGGUGUACCGUUCCAGGAGUAAAUGUUGAUUUUCGUGUACUCGAUUUGGAGAAAGAUCCAAUCAGUCAAAAUUUUGUUGCGGGAUCGUACGAUGUCAUCGUCGCUUUGAACGUUCUUCACGCGACCAUCGAUGUGGAAGAGGUUUGCAAAAACAUGCGACUACUCCUGCGCCCGCAUGGCAAUUUGUUAGUUGCAGAACAACAUAAACCCACAGCACUGGUGGACAUCGUAUUCGGCCAUUGCGAAGGAUAUUGGAGAUUUCAAGAUGCGCAUCGAAGCGAUCACUGCUUACUGGAAAAGGAGGGAUGGGAGAGGGUGCUAGACCAGGCCGGCUAUGGACAAACUCUCUGCGUGGAGAGCAAAGAUAUCGGGAUGGGUGUCAUAAUUGCGACGAAUAAGGGAAAAUCCGUCACCAAUUGGGUCAUGAUUGGAGAUGAUAACGAGCUUGGGGAAAAAUUGGGACAAGUUCUGGACCAGGGCGGGGUCCGACUCAGGCUGGAAGAUCCCCUCCCCACCGAAAUCGUGUCAAUGAAAGAGCAGCAGUUCAUAUUCAUUGUCCCACAACAUUCCCAUGACAACAUCGACACGGCAGCAUUUCGCCCUGUUCUAGCUUCCUUCCUCAGAUUGGCGCAGUCAGUUAAGAAAGGAAAGUUGCUCAUCGUUACAUUUGGAUGCGCCCCAAUUAAGGAUGAGGAAGCCGUAAUUUCACUUGGUGGACCAAUACUUGGAAUGUCACGCACAUUAAUGAAUGAAUGUCCGGAGGUGAAUGUCAGUUGGGUAGAUUUGGACCCCAUGGAAAAUGAGGAGUCGAGAAUUUCUGAAAUCAAGGCUGAACUAGAAAAUGGGCGAGAAAGAGAACGCUUCAUCAGUUAUCGUGGUGGAGUGCGAUAUCUGGCAAAACUUGUGCCGAUGCAGGCAUCCCUUGAUCUGUGUGUGCCAGAGGGUCAUGUCCAACUAAAAUUGCCCGAAUCGAGAUCGAUUGCGGAUGUCGAAUGGAUGCCAGCUCCCCAACAACAAAGGAGGAGUUCAUGUAUGGGUGGAAAUGAUGUUAAAGUGCAAAUUCUAGCAUCCGGCCUCAACUUUAAAGACCUUCUCAACAUUAUGAAACCUACACCCGAGUUUUUCAAUGCUUCCGGCGUGGGUGCAGACUUUUGUGGAAAAAUCGUCUCCCUUGGUUCCUCAGUAAGUACGUUCUCACUAGGAGACUCCGUCCUAGGAAUGAAUCCAAUCGCUUCGCCGCUGCCGAAUUACGUCACUCUCGACGCUUCCCUAGUUGCGAAGUUGCCGCAAAAUUACACCCACACGGAGGGGGCCACUUUACCCACCGCUUUUCUCACGGCGUACCAUUGUCUCGUCACGGUCGGAAAGUUAAAGGCCGGAGAGUGUGCAUUGAUUCACACUGCUUCAGGUGCCGUAGGUUUGGCAGCAAUUCAAGUUGCUCGUGGUCUCGGAGCCAGGGUAAUUUGUACGGCAGGGAGUAAGCGAAAACGUGCUUAUCUCCGAUCUCUGGGACUACGUAAUGUAUUUAAUAGCCGUGACCUGUCAUAUGCUGAUGGCGUCAUGGCAGCAACAUCAGGUUCUGGCGUCGAUCUGGUCUUAAACUCUCUGACAUCGAAAGGAUGGAAGGAAGCUUCUCUUGGAGUCACGAAAAAAAGGGGACGAUUUAUCGAAAUGAGCAAAUUGAAUAUUUGGACGAGAGAAGAAGUCGCCAAUCUUCGACCGGAUAUUACUUAUUCCGUGGAGGAUCUAAGCAUCGCUGAUUACGAGAGAGGAGCACAUCUCGCUAAAGUUAUGAACGAGUGGUUAGCAGAUGGAAGGCUUCAACCUAUUAGACACACGGUAUUCCGACCAUCUGAAAUAACCACGGCUUUGGGACAACUCGAGAGAGCGCUGCACAUCGGGAAAGUCGUUAUUGGUUGGGAGGAGAUGCUAUUUAAUGACAGAAGCAGUUACCUAAUCACUGGAGGAAGUGGAGCUUUGGGAUUGGAGGUGGCUAAGUGGAUUUUGUCAUCGGGUGGAAAACAUGUAAUUCUUGCGAGUAGAAGGAGUCAUAGAGUGGAAGAAGCCCUACACAAGCUAAAGACAGAGUUUGGACUCAAUGUGGAUAACGUUGUUAUCAGGGAAAUCGACGUGGCGGAUGCAUCACAGGUUGCUCAACUAGUUGAUGAUAUCUCGCUCAAUUAUGCCCCAAUUCGUGGAGUAUUCCAUGCCGCUGGUGUCCUUUCCGAUGGAACUCUCCCCACCCAGACGAUGACCAAAAUGGAGACCGUCUUUUCCGGCAAGGUCGAUGGCGCUUGGGCCUUACAUUCCUCCACUCAGCACCUCCUGCUCGAACAUUUCGUCCUAUUCUCGUCCGCCAUGUGGCAACUCGGUGGACCUGGCCAAGUCAACUAUACAGCGGCAAACGCAGCAUUGGCAUCUCUAGCAGAACAUCGCCACCGACUUGGUCUUCCAGCUACCUGUGUCGCAUGGGGUCAUUGGGGUGACGUGGGAAUGGCUGCUGAAUCUGGACGACGCAUAUUUGGAGUAGAACCCUUCUCGACGGAUAGAGGUAUUUUGACGCUGGAACAUUUGCUACGAAAUGGAAAUAGCGCAAGGAACGUGAUGGCUGCCGAACUUAGCAGCGAUGUCUGUUCAGGCUGGCUCAAAGAAUAUGUUGAGCUGGGAGAAGAAAGUGGAAAUGUGGGGAAAUCAGCAGAAAUGGAAAGUUCGGAUAACGACGAGUCAAGCAUUGAGGUUAAGGUACGCAACGUGGUGCAAAGGAUUCUCCGAACUAAAGUUGUUCUGGAAGGCAAAAGGGAACUGAGAGCGAUGGGAAUGGAUUCGCUGAUGUUCAUAGAACUUAAAAACAGAUUACAAACCAGUGUGGGUGUAGUAAUUGAAAUUCCCGAUACUGCCACGGUGGACGACCUGAUUGUCAUGGUAACCAAGGCGAAAGCUUCAACUUGACAGGGGACUGGUGCUAAGUAUUAUAUAAAUAUUUAGGAUAUAAUGAUUUAUUUAUUUUACCCUGUUGUAAUAAUAUUUAGGCAACUGCAUGUUUUUACGGAUAGAUUACGGAUUAAGAAAUAUAUUAGUAUAAUUAUUUAUCAUGGGGCUUUGUAAAUAUUAAUAUUUAGCAAUGGUUAAGGUGAAAAUUAUCAUGUUUGUACUGUUCGCCCUGGAUAAUUCUGAUUAAUAAAUUAUUGCAUAAUUCUGGUA